AUGGUUCACGACAAAGCCCUGCAUGAACCUGCAGACUUCGGGCAGACUUUAUCGCUGACGCAGGCUUCGCACCGUCCUGAGUGCCGAGAACGACGUCGGUGGACGGUGCCCCCAAAGCCAAAUGCAGUGCAGCCCAGGGGGAAGAACCCGGAAACUCUGCAAUCUUUCGACACGUCCUCGCUUCCCUCGGCCUCCAACCAGAAUGAUGAUCCUGACCCGCUGGCACCCGACUUUGCGACGCGAAAACUGGGUCUCCCCCUUCCGGUUCACCCCAGACCAGCGACCGGCGGGCCCCAAUCCGGUCCAGACGAUUCCUCGCGUCGCGCCGACUCUGCUGAUAUAGAUAUCGCAGUGUCGGAAGAGUGUCGCCGACCAGCGCAGGUGGUGGACAAUCACCACCGUCCGGAUCUCCUACGAGGCUCUUCGCGGGUUCUGGAAAAAUUUUCUGCGAGCUGCAGACGCGGCGAAAUCGAAAGCAGCUUGGCGGGACCCACACAAGCUCAACUUCCCUUCGCCCUGGUGCAGGUCUUGCAGGGAUGCAUCAUGGUCAGAGUUUACUGCCGGGCGGCUGGUCGCUCAGGGACCUUGCAGCCGCGCAGGGGCAGAGCAAAAGGACUUUUGCCGGAAGUCGAGACGACCAUCCGUCGGACGAGGGGGACAGGGAGUUGA